AUGGCGCAUAACUCACCAGAGAUGGGACACACAAGGCCAAAGACUACGGCCACAACAAACCCCAGGACGAGAGACAUCAGUAAAUUAUUAACGUGCACUCCGAUCCCAAAAGAUCUGUCCGAAGAAGAAGUCAGUCCUCCCCGAACAAGGCCUAACAAACCCACUCCAUCAGGCUCCAGUGCACCCGCAGCAAUGCCGGCCUCAACACCCUCCACGAAACAAGACAUAGCAGACCUCUACGAUCGAAUACGCACACUGUUUGAUGCGGACAUAGCGCUGGUGAAGGAAGAUAUGCAUGUAGUCACAGAGAGGCUGUGGGUCACAGAGGAGGAAGUGAUGGGCCUCAACGCAUUGGAGGAGACUGUACUAGCACUGCAGUCUUCACAAGGUACUACAGCUACUACUAAACACAAGGUGGAUGCCAUGGGUGACCAAGACCCCAGAAAGAACCUUAAGAUCAGAGGGGUAUCUGAUAUGGUGAUAUCAGAAGAGCUUCCCCACAUGCUCUGACUGCGGUACUACCCGCCAAACAGACGAAGUCGAUAAUACUGGAUGGUGUGUACUGGAUCGUCAGGUCACCAAGAGCGCCCGUGGCUUGCCCUAGGGACAUUAUCGUGCGAUUCCAAUCCUUUGCUGACAAGCAAAAAUUCAUGCAAGCUAUGAGGGGCAAAACACCUCUGGCCUUUGAGUCACAUCAAUUGACUUUCUACCAGGAUCUUACCUGUUCCACCCUGCAUUGGCACCAAGCCAUGCGGCCUAUAACCCAAAGAUUACAAGAAGCGAGUAUACCAUACCAGUGGUCCACUCCACGGGCCUUGACAAUGCAGGCAGCGGAGACAACCCACAGGAUCACAUCGCCCGACGAGGCUCCCAAAUUCCUGACAGCUCUCGGCAUUGUGGAACCACCGAGCGAGAUCCAGAGGCCUUCGUAAGGACACGGCUGGGAUGUCCCGAACAUCAGGCCCUUCAUUCCCUCCAUGGAAUGGGACUCAGUGACUUAACUAUGCUAUAG